AUGCUGCGCGAGCGGAUUCGUGGCUUCGCCGACACGCUGGACAAGCAGCGACCGCUGAGCAAGGACGAGAUGGAAGUCCUUGCCCGGGGCAUUCUCUCCGAGUUGAACCUGCCGGAAGGCUUCCUCGGGUGGACGAUGGUCGAGUUGGCUUCAGCCUUCUGGCACGAUCAGGUGGCGGCCGUUCCGCCCGAGCGCCGACUGUUCUUGCUGCCACACUGUUUGAAACACGCCGAAGGUUGUCCGGCCGACUACGACGACUACGGGCUCGAUUGCCGCCGCUGCGGGGCCUGCAGCAUUGCCGACUUCCGUACCGAAGCCGAAGACUUGGGCUACAAGGUGCUCGUGGCCGAAGGUUCGCCCAUCGUUCUGAAGAUCAUCGUCGGCGGUUAUGUCGACGCGGUGGUCGGCGUGGCCUGCUUGAACGUGCUGGAAAAGGCUAUCGAUAAGAUCCUCAUGGCGGGCAUCCCUUGUGCAGCGGUGCCGUUGCUGUCGAGCGAUUGCCGCAACACCUCGGUCGACGAAGAUUGGGUCGCCGAGAUGAUUCGCAUUCCACACAAGAAGCCGCAGGUGCAGACCCGCAGCUACAUCCACCUAAUGCGGGCCGCCGAGAAGCUGUUCGAGCCAAGCGAACUCGAUCGUCUCGCACCACGACUGCGAAGCAAACCGGCCGAAAGCGAAACCAAAGCUCCGGCCACGCUCGACCCCAUCGCCUCGACCGAAGCCAUCGCCUACGACUUCCUGGCCAAAGGCGGUAAGCACUCACGACCCUUCAUCGUGUUGGCCGUUCACGAUGCCCUCACUGGCGGCAACGCAACAUUAGCUGGCGGUGCCGAACAUUUGAGUGAACUUCCCGACGCCGCUCGUCGGGUGGCCUUGUCGAUUGAAACGUUCCAUAAAGCCUCGCUGGUACACGACGAUAUCGAGGAUGACGACGAUUAUCGUUACGGCGAUGAGACAGUGCAUCGCCGCUACGGUAUGUCGACGGCGAUCAACGUGGGCGACUACUUAAUCGGCCUAGGCUAUCGAGCCGUAAGUCGCGAAGCCGGCAGCCUGGGCCCCGAAGUGGCGACCGACAUUGUUGAUCGCCUGGCCGACGCUCACAUGAAGCUUUGUGAAGGUCAAGGUGCGGAACUCACCUGGCGCGAUGGCCGUGAUAAGCGGCUGAAGCCUUUAGACGCACUGAAGAUCUACGCCAUGAAAACGGCCCCCGCGUUCGAAGCCGCCCUGUAUGCAGGUGCCCGGCUGGCAGGCCCCGUCGAUGAGCUUCGCGAACCAAUCGCACGCUUCGCCCGCGAUCUUGGUGUUGCGUUCCAGAUUCUUAACGACCUGAAGGACUGGGACGAGAGUGAUCAGAACAAACUCAGCCACGGGGCAGACGUCUUAGGCGGCCGACCAACCGUGUUGUGGGCCCUCGCACUAGCUUCUUUGCACGAAGAAGAUUCGGCCAGGCUUUUCUCGCUGGUUGAAGGCACCAUGACUGAGAACGGCCAGAUUGAACUUUCAGAUGAGUCCCGCGUGCGUCGCAUUCGGGCCUUGUACGAUCGGGCCGGGGUGUUCGACAAGGCCGAGCAACUCGUCGAAAAGUAUCGGGCUCGCGCCGAGGCCGUGGCCGACGAACUCGAAGUGGACGAACUUCGCCGUCUGUUCUACUACCUGGUAGACACCGUGCUCGAACGUCCGACGAUCGAAGCCCCCGCCGUGGUGGUGCCCAGCUUGGACAUAGUCACGCUCGAACCCCUGGUACGGCUGUUCUAUGAUGACGACGCCGGGCUGGGGUCCUUCACCGAAGUGUCGCCCGAGGAGAUGCCCGAGGGUUAUCGCCAUCUGCUGGCCCACGAACAUCACAUGACGGUGACCGUCGAAAAGUUUCACGGCGGACCGGUCGACGUGCGGGUGUUGGAUAAAGUGGUGACCGAGGAACACUACGCUCGGAAAAUCCUGCUAGUCAACCAAAGCGAUGGAUUCGUCGUACAGUACGGCAUCAUGCGGGUUCACUUGGCAGAUUUGCCCCCACAGGCCCGCGAAGAAAUCGUCGGCGAGGGAACCCCGCUGGGCCGCAUCUUGAUCAACCACGACGUAUUGCGGAAAAUCCAUCUGCACCGUCUGUGGCGGGUUGAGAUCGGUAAAGAGCUGAAAGAUUUCUUCGGCGAUUCAUCCCCCACCACGUACGGCCGCACGGCCACCAUCGAGUGCAACGGCGAGCCGGCCAUCGAGCUUUUGGAGAUUGUCGCCCCACUUCCUGUCACGUAG